GACAUAUAAAUAUUAAUAAGAUAUUUUUCCGGCCGACAGAUAGAAAAAAAAUCAUAAUUUAUGAUAAAAGAGUUUUAAAAAAGAAAACAACAAGCGUAAAUAAUUCAUAAAAAAUACAAGAAAACUUACUUAUUCAUUUAGGUGUCUUUGAUAGAAGACAAUACCAGGGAAAGUAUUAUGCUUCUUCACACAAUAAAUACAUAUUGUUAAUUAAAUUUCAUUCUCACGCACUUGUCUUACGCGUAAUAUAAACGACACAAAUGAAUAUUUGCAUGCAAAACGAUAUUUUUUCAAAUUUUUCUAUCAAACGUCACUAUGCUGUGGUGCCCGUUAGAAAUUCCACCAUGACACUGCUUCGAUUAUCGAAAUUUUGCUUGAUCGCGAUCUUUCAAUUUCGAUUAUCGAAAAAAAUGCGCGCGCCGCCCUGCAAGGUGACGUUACGAGCAUAAUAUUUCAAAUCGUUUAUUUCUUUGGAAAAUAGAUUAUUUCGUUAAUUUCACUUACGAAUAUUAAAAUGUAAAGCAUGAUUCACGAAGGAAAUUAAAUUUAUUUAAAUUCUUUUCAUAUUGAUCGACAUUUGAUGCAUGAUAUAAAGAAUCGUUCGAAAAAGGAAAUUGCAUUGGAUUUCCGUUAAUCAGCACGUAUGUACAUAAAAUCCAAACAAUCGUAUUUGUAUUAUAAAUGCCGAAGCUUGAAUAAAUAAAUAUUUUUACGUUGUAAUCCAUAAACGGAUAGUGUCAUUAGAGCACGUGGCACGUUUUGCAGGGACACACGUGCUUUCUUACAUAACUAUCACUUGGAUUAUACUCACACGUUUCCUAACGAUAAAGUCAACACGAAAACAUUCGAGCAUUUUAACAAGCACACGUGAACACAAAUUAUUUCUAACUGCUUAGAAGCGUGUGUAUUGUCCAUGUAAUAAUUAAUAAGAUAGGUACAAAAAAUCGAUAAUUCAAUAAAUAUUAUUAAUGUUUUUCGUAGGUCGUAGGAUUAUCGUGGAAACCAGCUUUAUUUUCCUUCCCAACAAAUUACUAACGACAAAAAGUUACCAAAUCAAAGUAUUAUUAUUCCAGACUUUUAUCGCGGCUAAUUAACACAUUACGAGAAUCCGUCGCGUAAUAUUUGACCACACGAUGACCGAUCGUGCUCUGUAUCUUAUAUAAUUGUGCCGCGUGCCCUGGCAAAAGUUCACGCGUAUGUCAUCGUUACAUCGCAAACGUUUUAAAUUUUAACAUUACGAACGUUAUGCGAGCACCAUUUUCACUCGUAACGACUUUAAACGAGACUGGUCAACUUUUUGCUCACCACUCGAGUCAAAUGUACGCAUCAUACAUAAGAAACGAUAUAAAAAUACUUGUAUCCUCCGCGCAAUCUUUAAAUUUAAGAAAAUUCAAGACCGUAUACAAUCGCGAUCAAACAAAAUAUGUUAUAUACAUAUUACAACAAUUCGUUUGACUCGGUUCGAAUUAUCGCCGGUGUAAAAAAAAGGCGCCAAAAUGUCCAACAUUCAAACGUCGAAAGCGUUCUUAUCCCAAUUAUUCCGUAAUUAAUAUCGAAAGGAUGGACGGAAAUAAAAUUUUUAUUUCCCGUCGAGUGGCGUUGGGUUCGCUGACACUCCCGACCUUGGGGAAUAGCCCGACCUUACCCAAGGCUAUUUUGCGACUUGUACCCGGACCGGUAUUGUUGGCAGUACAGGCACGUCCCUCGAUCUCUCGGAAUUCUUCACCUUUGCCUUUCGUCCCGAGCCACUCUCUCUCUCUGUCUCUCGUAUAACGGUCACGAAAAAUUUUACGGGAGGAGAUACUCGUACUUGUUGUCGAGCAUGAGCAUCCUCGACGUUGCCACGCCUACGCAUAUCCAACGAAACGAUCGUCCUCGAGGGCCCGAAAUAUGCGGCGUAUCUUCGCCACGUUGCCGGCAUAGGGGAUCGGUUGUAUAAACGAUUUAACGCGCUCACCGUGCAAACACGGCGUUAAGGCAAUGAUCUUAGGUGGCAUGCAUUACGCGAAUACAAAUGGCCUCUUGAUGUAUACACAGUGUGCGCACCUUGAACGUACACUUAACGGCGCGUGACUAUACUACUUACUUGGCAACCGUCCUCGGUGAUUUUUUUCUUUUUCUUUUUCUUUUCUUUUUUUUUAAUAAUAUUUGCUCUCGUAGAUAAGAUAAAUGUAAAUACGAGUAUCUUACGAGUAUAACGUAAACAAGACGUUAUUUCGUGUCGUGCAACGAGUGUCAACGAUUUGGUCAACGAUGCCUAUUAUUUUAUUUCGCGUUGUAGAUCUUCUCAAAAGUGAAAUGAUUAAUUGGAAAACGGAACAGAGGAUCGUUCCGGGAAAUGAUGUGCUAAGAAGACAAAUUAUGGUGGCAGAAAUUGUCGCCCGUCAGAGUGGAUCGCCCAUCAAUGGUGAGACCGCGUGCCUGAACAGCAACAUGCCGGCCACUCACACGAUAGCGCACACGAGCCACGGCGGCCACGGUGGCCACGACGCCCACGGGCCCCUGCCGCCCCUCACCCAUCCAGUCCACCACGGCGCGCCACCGUUAACGUUGCAACAGCAGCAGCAACAGCAGCAUCAGCACCAGCCCCAACACCAACCGCCGCCGCCCCAACAGCAACCUCCGCAGCAACACCAUCACCACCAUCAACCGCAGCAACAGACGCAGCAACAGCAGCAGCAGCAACAGUCGCACCACCACCACGACGCCCAACAGGUGACACACCCAGAAAAUUUCCCCCCGAACUUCGACAUCAGAAAAGAGCUAUUUUCCCAGCGCAAGCAACGGGAGUUCAUCCCGGACAACAAGAAGGACGACAGCUACUGGGACCGUAGAAGGCGUAACAACGAGGCGGCCAAACGAUCGCGAGAGAAGAGGCGUUUCAACGACAUGGUGCUCGAGCAGCGUGUGAUGGAGCUCAGCAAGGAGAAUCACAUUCUGAAGGCGCAGCUCGAGGCGAUACGCGAUAAAUUCGGCAUAUGCGGCGAGUCCGUGAUCAGCACCGAGCACGUGUUGGCGGCGUUGCCAACCGAGCCGCCGAUAGGCGUGAAAAGGGCGAAGAUACCGCCCUCUGCGGCCCUCCUCUACGCGAGAACGCCGAGCCCUGUCCACACGUCGGUCAUACAUCAGCCGGUAAGCGGCGCGAGAUCGCCGAGAUCGCCGGCGCAGUUGUACGUGGCCGAGACGCCCUCUUAUCCCGAGACGGAGAGCUUCCAAUACACUUACCCCCACCCAGCCAUGCAUCUGGACACGACGAGCGCCCUCAACCUGUCGCGCGGUCGACGCGCCCAGUCGCCGUUCGAGUUGUCGUCCGGGAGCGGGGACGAGGGGCCCCAAUUGGUCGUAAGCUCGCAAAAUCCGGCAGCCAACAACAGUCUACCUCACAAACUGAGGCACAAGUCGCGCAUAGGCGACAAGGACGCAGCGAGCGCUCUGCUGGCCCUGCAGGGUAUUAAACAGGAGCCGGGGCCGAGGGCGUCACCGCCGUGGGACAACGAGGGCUCGAGCGACGAACGCGACUCGGGCAUCUCAUUGGGCGCCGAGUGGACCGGCUCGACCGUUUCCACCGUACCCGAGAACGAGAGGGAGGUGAAGUCGAGGCUGGAUCGUCUGGCCUCCGAGGUGGCGUCCCUGCAAUCGAUACUUCGUAUCGGGAAACCGGCGGAGAGCAGUUUAGUCACCGGUCACUCGUUACCCCCGAACGCCGCCGUGAACGGGCCGUGAAACGAGCGGGCGUAUCCUCUUCGUUAGAUUUCUCGGAGGGAGCGGAACACGUUGCUCCUCGAGGAGCUCCUUGUAUCGCGACGAUUUCUCGAACGCGAGAUGGCGAGUGAGAGAGAGAAAGAGAGACUUCUCGAUCGCACGCGCAAACGAACGUGACGAUGACUAUAUUGAUUGAUAGAUGAUAGAUGGCAGUAGCAGUCGGGUGAUCGUCGCUUCAUCUAUACGUUUUUUCUUCAUGUAUGCGUAUAAAGGAAUCGAAGCAGAGAGACGAAAAGGAAGAAGUGUACAUCUGUCGAACGAUUACGAUUACCAACUUUUUGCAGUAUUGGAUCAGCGUGUACUUGUUUGUUUGGUAACGGCGGCCAAUUGAAUACGUUUCUUCUCCUGUUUCUAAUAAGGACUAAGGAACUAAACACGAUCGACGAGACGAAUCGAGGAUGCGUUUCUCUGUUUUUUUUUCGGGUGCCCUGUUUGCCAAAAUGGGACUCCCUCUUCUGUCCCACGGUAUCGUAAGGAUUAGAUGAUAAGGAAGAUGCGAUAUCUGUAGACUAUAAGUAACUUAUGUAAGUAAGACUUUCUUAGGAUACUUUCGUUUAAUUAUUAUUAUUAUUAUUAUUAUUAUUAUUAUUGUCAUUAUUAUUAUCACCAUUAUUAUUAUUAUUAUUGUUAUUAUUAUUAUUAUUAUUAUUAUUAUUAUUAUUAUUAUUAUUAUCAUUGCUGUUCAUUAGCGAGUUCAUUUUGAUUGGAAAAAUGGUGCGGCGACUAAUCAGACCGAUAAUCUAUUCGUGCACUUAGAUUCGAUAUAUUCAAUUCGAUGCGACGAUUCUUUGGCGAGCUAGAAAACAAAACUCGUCGAUUCGAAGAUCUUCGGACGACUCGUUUUUAUUUAUCCUCGUUGAAUUAAAAUUGCGAUUAUAAUAUAUUAAUAAACGCGUCUCGUAAUAAAAUUUAAAAAAAAAAAAAAAAAGGAAAAAAAGAACCAAAAAAAAAAAAAAAAAAAAGGACUUCGAAGAUCUUCCAAUUAACGAGUUCGAGGAGUUUCUCUUCAUAAAAAAAAAAAAAAUGAAUUUAUUUUUCGAUUAAUAAUUGGUCGCGCAACCGGCUAUCUCACUACCGCCAGUUAUCCUUAACGAGUUAACCUUUUCGUUCUCUUACAAACGUUAUCGAGCAAAGCAAUAACAUCUUUGUAUUAUCGUUCAUGAUCUCUUCUCUUUUCUAAAAACCAAUGUUUUCGAUCGAAUGUUUACGCGGCGCAACAUUGCCACGAAUUCGUGGUAAAAUCUCUGGGAGCUAGUGUUUAUUGAUGUUCCAAUACGUGGCUUCGAUCCCGGUUUAUUUGCACGCCCGGCGAUUCUUCUGUCGUCCUCCUCCAAAGUCCUCGAAAACGCUACUUAAUGUCUUCUCCUUGAAAUUCAACCUUGCCACACAAGUCGAUCCACAAACAACGCGAAUUCCCAUCCCAAUAUAAGUCAAUUGCGCCUCGAAGACAUCAAUCAAACAACCUUUCCAUUCAUCAACCGCGUUACCUCGUCGAUAAAUCUUUUCUUUAUUAUAUUCUUCAAAAUCAUCUCCUAUCUCUUUCUCUUUUAUUCUUUCUUUCUUUUUUUUAAUUUCUUUUUAUACAUUUGUUAUUAAGCUAUUAACCACGUGUGUAUGUAUAUAUAUAUAUAUACACACGUAUAAACGAGAAAAUAUUUUGAAUUUAUUCUUCGUUCGCUGGUGCUUCGUGCUAUCGUCGAGAAACGAAGGAUCGAGCGAAAGAAACGAGCGAGACGUUAAACGCGUUAUUUCGUCAGCUUUUUUUUUCUUUUUUAUCGUCUAUUCGGUUCUUUUUCUUUAUUCGUUGAGACGGAUGGACCGUUGUCCGGUACCACGCGGUAUCUAAAGUAUUAAGCGAGCCUAUAGGUGUUAUGUAAUAUAUAGGGCACAUAAGCAAGGAAUAUACAUAUAUACAUAUAGGUAUAUGCAUAUAUAUAUGAUAUAUAUAUAUAUUUUUUUCAAAUUAACGUAUUUUUCGAUAUCGUGAAAAUAUAAGAGGAACAGUUUCUGUGUAUGCGUGUGAUGUGUGAGUGUGUAUGUGCGUAUGCGCUCGUACGCAUGCGCGUCUGUGCAACGCUUUUGUGUCAUACAUAAAGAAAGGGCAUAACACGAUUCUUUGUUUGAUUUGACCGCACCGAAGAAAUCGAGUCUGUUGGAAAGGAGAGAAAACCUGUAGGAGAGUGCGCGCUAUAAUCGAAGGGAUUUCUCUUUUCGAAAUUUCUAAAAGACGAUCGGAAGGGUCGAUCGAACGCGUCGUUGAUUCGCUACGAAAUUCGAGAACAAGGACGAAAACCAAAGCGUAAAAAAUUCGCGAUCGAUUCGUUGUGACGAGUGUUUUUUUUGUUAAUAUUUAUUAAAGUUGAAGAAAGGAGGAGAAUUUCGUUCGAAUCUUUCGAAAUGACACGUUCGUUCAUGCCUCCCAUCGUGCUUCAGUGUGAUAAGCCACGAAACGUUAAUCUAAAACCAUUAUAUUUGUAAAACAUACCUUUAUUUAUUAUUAAUCGUCUGCGCGGAGACACGUAAGAAAUAGUAUUUCGAGCAGAGAAUAAUAUAAACAAUACGUAUAGAUCACGUUGAUGAUCUCGAUAUAUGUUUCUUUCACUUGUUGAAAUACUAUUUUUUUCGUUGAUCUGUCUAUCACGGGAAACAAUUGCGCCAAUAAAGAUAAGUAUAAUUUAGACGAAUGAACGAUACAGCAUGUUAUUUACUAUUAAACGCGACGAUCGCACUACUUUAUGUGGCAUUUAUAAUGUCGGAGCAAUUAUUAUAACGUAUUGGAGGCUCAAAAUUAUGAUAGCUCGAUUACAUUUUCGAACAAAAAUCUCUGAUCAAACGUGUUACAGGGAUCUGCGGCUUAAGCGUGUUUCUUAAAGAUUUUUAAGACGCAUCACAAGACUGUAAUAAUCGUGAUCGGCGUUAUUCGCGGAAGGAUCUCGUAUCUGUGUUUAUUCCGCAUACUUUCUAUACAUCUUAUUUUCCUAUUUUCCCUUUGUUUUCACUCGUUUGUAUCUUUUUUUACGUUACCUUCCUCGCGUGAAUUUUCUAUAUUUUGUACGACAUGUUUAUAUUAUUACUAUUACUAAUUUUCUGCGAAUUAUCGCCGAUAACGAUCCUCGAUGAAUUAGUUUUUCCCCUUCAUUGCCGCACCUCGAGUUACACAGUUUUGCUCAGAGCGAAAACGAGUCAUUAUAAAGAUCACACGUCGAGUAGUGAGACGAGUUGUGUACGAUUUAAUAUUUCUUUCGUCAACUGUCGGACAAACGUGCUUAUUUAUGAUAUUUCGAUAUAAAUAUAGCUUCUUUUCUUUCUUUCUUUCUUUCUUUUUUUAAUUCGUUAUUACGUAAAUGUGGAACCCUCUGGGUUUUCAACCACUCAAUAGUCACGAUCUACAUUGUUCCGCAGUUGAUUUAUUGUAACAUACCACGAGUGCCUACAAUAACAGCUGUAUGUUCUCUCCCAUGUUCAGUCCAUGGUAAAGUUUCAGAUUUUUAAACGGCUCGAGAUUUUAAAAGCACACGUUUAUCGAGAGAGAAAAAAGGAUGUUCGAAAAAAGGAGAGGAACCCGUAUAUCUUGUAAAUAAUGAAUGUGUUAACUCGUGAUCGAUCACGGAGAGAAUGCCACAAUGAACUAUGCGUAUGUGAUGAUCGUCGCAAGGUUCUCACUCGCAAAUUCCAAAUAAUCUUUUAUCUCACGAUUACUUGCCCACAAGAAAAUGUUACCUUCGACCACGGCGACUAUAAAUCGAUAUUUGUACAUAACUGCACUUUUUUUUUUUCUUUCUUUUGCCAAAAAAAAAAAAAACACGCUACUCGUGCCGAUGAAACUAUGAUGGCAAAUAUCAAAGGCGUUAAUAAAUAUCGGCCGGAGAAGGAACUUCUACUAAAUAGCAUUUUUGAUUCUAUCGUGUCUCCUCUUAUAUAUUUGUACUCCUGAAAUAGCUUCUUUGAGGACGUUUCAAAUACAGUUCCUAUACAGUAUGGUAAAGCGACUUAGAGACUCGGUCGGCCGUUGUCCACGAUAAACAUGAUUCCAAGACAAGUUUCGAUCCUUCUUUCUCCGGCUGUACGGAGAUAUAAGUAUUUAGAUCUAAGGGACAUAUCCACAGCGUGUAGUGUACUUGUAUAUGAAUAAAUAUUUUCAAUGUUUUUGACAAUA